AUGGACACCACAGCUCCCACAAAUCCUGCAGGUGUGCCUAUCUCCGAACUAGGUGAUGACGACACGGAGUCCGCCCGCUCGAGAUCGAAUCUGGGCGCAGAGCUUCCGGUUGUCACCGCCCGGGAGGGUCGGGUAGCUCUCACUGAGCAGACGCUGCGUUCGCAUGUUGGGUCCCUCGGACCUCAACCAGCAUACGUGCCGUCACGAGCGUCGCUGACACAUCAGCCCUCACCCACAGUCGUAGGCUAUUCUCCGGUGCCUCCAUCGCACACCUCCGUUCCAACUGUCGUGAAUCAGUUGUAUCAGCAUCAGCAAAACGUUCUGAUCAGUGCGGAUCCUGCACUGAUAAUGGAUACAGCAAAUGCAAGACAUGCUGAAGCCGUUCGCAACAUCCAAAGCGAAAACAGGGAGCAAAUUCUCGCUUUGGAAACAGGUGCCAUGAGUCAAGUCGCUCAGCUGAGGCUUGAGCAUGCACAGUUGCAGUCAAAAGCCAGAGCCUUUGAAGAACAGGCUAAUCAAAACAUCCAUGCUGGUCGGCAGGCCGUAGCCCAGUACCAAAUUGAGGCUGAAGCAGCCGCUGCUGAAGCUGAGCAGCUAAGGCAGCGCCUCCUAUCCGCUGAACAGACAGCUGCGAAUGUUGUCGCCCAGGUGGAAACCGAGGCUAAUCGCAGGUUGCAGGCUAAUCAAGCCGACGUGUCAGCUCGUGACAACGAGCUCUCUGGCCUCAAAGGUGAGAUGCAAGAGAUGAUGAGGAUUCAAGCCCUCAACAUGGAGAUGCUGCAAAAGGACAAUGCCGAGCUAAGAACACGCUUGGCGGGAGCCAAAGCUGACCCAUUGGGCAAUGAACCGGAACAGUUUGGAAAGAUCACUUUCACCGGCCUUCAAGAGCUUGACGAUGGGAAGGCAAUCAUCCAGUUAGCCAGGGAUUACCACAAGGCUGGCGCCUCUGUACUUCUUUGGUUCCAUCAACGGAAUCCGGGGGGUACAGACAAGGAUCAGGACGAGCUCAAUAGCAUCAUGUUCUCCAAGACUUGGGCUUCGUUUGUUGACAUCGCCGAUGCUCUUAAGAAGUACAAAGCGAGGUUCAUCAUUACGUGGCCCAGGGACAGCGUGUUCUGGGGAUGGCAGCGUGUCAAGAGGGUACUUGAUGGAUUGAAGGAUAGUGCCAAGAAAUCAGAGUCCCAACACUACUUCAAAGGCACCCUUACUGCGAUCCUUAGUCGUGUUUUUGAAGAUCAUGAAUCCCACAAACCAGAGAGAAAUCAGACUCACGUUGUAGCUGUUGCGCUCAAGAUUCAAGCAUCCCCAGCGUCCUCUCUUUCGCUCCUUCCCAUUGCGAACAUGUCCUCUGCCCAGAGCACCCGUGACGCUCUUGCACAGGGAACCGCAGCCCGGGAGGGUGUGCCGACUGCUGAGGAAUUGCAGUAUGCAACGGCUGAUCGUGAGGAACGCAUUCAGGCGUAUCGUGCCGCACUCAAAAGUGCCGACCGCCUGGCCGACGCCAUGGCCGGAAUCACCCACCUUGCUCGGCAUGCUGACCUUGCUGAGGUGUUUGAUGAACCCGGGGCUGACGCCGACGGUGAUGAAAUGUUCCUUGGAAUCAUGACGGUGAAGGAAUGGCGCGACAUGCGUGUGCAUGCGCCGAAUGCGCCCUGGACUGCACUGUACGAAGCCUGGUUCCGUCACUAUGCUUGCCGCCAGGGCAACCCGUACAUGCAGGACCAACGCAACACCUCCCUGACGGGAUGGUCAGCCCUCAUCCUUCAGCACAUUAAGGAUUUGGGUAUCCUCGGAUGGGGUGUUAACUUCGAGAAUGCCAUCAAUAAGACGGCAAUGUAUGACAUUUGCCAUAGGGUCCACAUUCUGUCAGAGGGUAGCGGUACCUUCCCACUGUUUCCUGCGAGCUCAGCUCUCUUGGACGGGCUCUACAGCCCAGCCUUGGGCAGGAUUUCCGCGCCCCCCACGGCGGAAGCCGGUGGUUUCGACGGCACCGACAUUCUUGUGGCCGGGGACUCAUCCUUGGCAUUGUGCUGGAUGCAAGGAAAACGGUGUGUGAAGAAAACCACUAUCUUCCCGAUGAUGCAGGACAUAGUCCGCGCGAACCCAGAGUUCGGGGAAGUCACAUGCCUGAUGGAGUGGGGCAAAGGUCUCGACAAGAUCAUUGAUGUGAUCGAGCCGCAGCGUGAGCUGGACGAGAUUGAACAUUGGCCCGCAAAGCAGCGGCUGAUGGUCGAGAAGAGCGUCCGCCGCCUCAUCGAGCUGCGGAAGCACACUCGUGUCAGAGGCCUGACGGUUCUCUUGGGAGAUGACAACGGUCGUUUUUACAACCUGCCCAGCGAGUAUGAUGAAGAGAUGGGUAAGUACGCCCGGCAGUUGCUCAGCGCAGGCAUCAGCGUCGUUGAUCCAUCAAGCCUCCUGAUGAGGACCACGCGUCCUGACGGGUUCCACAUCGAGGUCACAGACCCGAAUGUGACUGCAUCCUUGCAGUGGUGGCAUGCUCUCAUUAGAGCCGUGUCCACCGACCGAAUCAUCACUCGCCGGAAGGCUGAGUUCGUCGCCAAUCAGAGAAGUAUUGUGUUCCGCAAUCACUUCGAGCUUGGGAAGGCCGAAAAGACGCUCACGGUGCCGCCUGCUAGCCAGCGCAUCCUUGAGCCAUUGGACCACGCACCCAAGCUUCCGGCGGAAGCCAGGGAAGAGGAUGAGCAGAUCGUUCUCGAUCACCCUCUUCUGAUGAUGAUGCCUGAGCCGGUCGAUGAUAUCGAUCUCAAGCCGGAAGGCUCUGAAGAGGUGACCCAGGUUGAACACGUUCUAUUCAGCCGUGAUGUUGGGUCAGAGCUGCCCCUCGACCUUGUCGCCAUCGAUCCUGAGGCGCAAGAGGACUUUGCCUUUACGGUGGCACGUGAUGUCAUCAACACCACGAAUGUGCUUAUCCCUGACGGAGACGCCAUCGAGAAGGAGGCCACUGACGGCAUCCCCACGGUGUGGGACGAACCCCCUGAGGUUCCGGCAUUGGAAGAUGACCGCAGACUCCCGAAAGGCACAGUCAGGUAUUCGCAGUCUCUUCGCAAAGUCGGGUCGACGCCCAAGUCGAAACCCGAUCCUGCCAAGCACAGGAGAAUCUCGGAGACAGUCGAGACCGACGACGAAGAGGAUGUCGUUAUGGACCUGGAUCCUGAUGACACCGCUCAGCCGUCGGAAGACGCCGCUCAGCCGUCGGAAGACGUUGCUGUUGACUUCGAGCCAUUCUUUGAGUGGUGGGGCUAUGAAGACAUCCCCGAUUUUGCCCCAAGCCAUCGCUACAUGACAGAUGGCAAGCGGCGAGCAUUGAGCAAUGCCAUGAGCUUUUUCCUUCGCGGCUUCGCGAAUAGUGCAGAGUCACAGGCACAAAGGCGGCCACCGCCCAUGAUGACCUUCGACCCCGCAACACGGGAGGUCGAAUGGGAUCACUUCAAAGAGCAAUUGGGCAAACAGUGGCGCGGUCUCCGGUCGGAAGACGUCAUGGAAGUGGUGAAGUAUGGGAACCACGACAAAGAUGACAACGGACGGUUUGAGUUGCGCGUCCUCCACUUCAUCGACCACACUGAGAUUCAUGGAAUCCGUGCGUUCCAAGGGCACUGCCGCGAUCUCAUCUCUGACGAGACUGAUCUUGUGGAUAUGCACAGUGACAGCUAUGCUUUGUGUGACGACUACAGGCCCACCAUGCAUACGCGUCCUGCCGUAGGAGUCACUGGCCAAAUCCACAACGACUGGGUCAGAAUGCAUCCGAUCGGGUACCAUGCGACCUAUUGGAGCAAUUUUUCCAAUAUCGUUAGUACCGGUCUCAUCCCAGGCGGUGUCACCCUCGGCGGAAGCACGGGGAGAGCCUUCACUAUGAUGGCUUCCCUCCCUCAGUGGGAAAGGCCGAACAACGCAGGCCUGCGACCUGGCGCUGAGGUUGAAUUCGCUAUCGACCUCCAACUCGCGUGCCUGGAAGGGUGUCGCAUUCUCCUGACAAAGAACAAUGUUCUGCAGACCCCAGAUUGGUUGUCCAAUCGCUACCUUAUGUUUGCUUACGAUCGCAGAACCGGGAAACCCGUAUGGUUUAACCGCUCGUACGAGCUCACGCGAGCUCGGGUGUCCAAAGCCCGUGAUGCAUAUGUCAAGCGUCAGGAGAUCCUGCCGGUCUUCAACCAAGACCUCAUCGAACGCGCAGCGGAAGCUGACGCCAAUUGCAUCAUGGGUUACGUUGAUCUCUGUUACCCGAUCCACAAUGAAAAUUUGGACUGGGUUGAGUUCUUGGGUAUGUUCAUGGACAUGCAGAAGCCCUCGCACUUGCGUGAGGUUGAGCAGUUUCAUGUCGAUGGUCGUACCAUCUGCUUUGAGCAGGGUAGCCCGCUGGAGGGAACUCCGUGCGAAUGGACUUUGGAUGUCCAGGUCUACUUCUCGCCCAUCGGGCUGACCACCGAGCGCCCGUUGCGUGUGGAGCGCAAGCACUACUCAGUGUGCCUCAACGUGCACUUCCCAAAGCUGCGCUGCCCUGAUGAUAGGUGCAGGUCUCAGAUGCUUGACGGCUAUCUCAAUUGCCCCCGCUGCCAGCGAAAGUUGUUCAAUCCGAGCGACAUCUCCCACAUUGCGGAGCUGGCUGAUCUGCGGGCGGAAGCCGCGCAAGGUGGAGCUAACCACAGUCUCCACUAUCUGGCACCAAGAGCAGCUAUCAACACUCGUCCACACGAGCACACCCGUCAGGGGGCCGAUGUUAAGAAAAGCAUCGCUGCGACUCUCAAGGAGAAGUGCAAGAAAAUGGUGGCGAAAGCAGCAGAAGGGACACAUGGUUCCCUGCGCCAGAACCUGAAGUACGAACCCUUCAGCGCCUUCAAUGUGUUUUCGAAGGGGAUGACGGUGACUUCACUCGACGAAGUCGAGAUGUUCGCGCGCUUGCGACUUCCCGCCCCGGGAACGGGGACGGAGGCAAAGAGAGGCUUUGCCGGAUCUCACACAUCCGAUGCACGCACUGCCCUCAUUUUCCCUCCCGUCGACGACAUUAUUCGCGGGGAGUACAAUUACCAGAGGAACAUCUUUCUCGAGCUGGCCAAGCACUGCUAUUUCUGUUUCCAAGAUCGCUUUUACUUGGUUCCUGAAAUCGCCGUGUUGAUCCGUGCCACUCAGUUGGCCUCUGAGGUCCGCAAUCUGCGUCCUUUCACAAUCCUCCGCCAUGACGGCGUCGAGUACCAGCCCGUGACCGGGACUGUCCCUGAGAUCAUGGCCGACCUCGUCGGUUUGCUCCGCAACCAUGCACAUCGUGCUCUCACCAACAAGGAGCGUAACCAGCAACGGGUUACUGUGCAAGUCGGGAUUGGGCAGACUCCCUUGGAGAUUCCAGCAUCGCUAGGAACUAUGGGCAGGUCUCAGAUGCUUGAGCUUCUUGGCGGUACGCGGUUCAGUGUUGAGCGUACCCGCGGCUGGAUUAAUCGCGAGGUGGAAGACCGAAUGGUCCGACAUGGUGCCACUCCCAUUGGCGCCAUGCGUGUGCCGCCUCCACCGCCGUCACCAUCCGGAAGGACUGGUCCUGACUCGUCGCUGCCUGCAGCAACACCCAGUGUUCGGCCUCCACCGGCUCCUCCGAGCCGAGGUCGCUCACCUGGCGGUGCAGCUUCGUCAUCCACGGAUCGUCCGAUGAGCACUUCUGUUCCAAAAGCUGCAAAGUCGAAGGCAAGGCCGGCAUCUGCCCGAAGCAUUACGCCGCCUCCUCCAAAACCAAGUGCCAACAGACCAGUGCAGCUGCCUUACCCGCCUACUGCAAAAGCUGUUCCGAAGGCUGACGCCGUUCGUGCACCUGAGGAAUACAUCACUGCAGAUGAAUGGGACAACUACUUUGCCGGCCGUGGCGAAGUCAGAGGCUUUGCUGUUGGUGAUGCACCGGCUCCGGUUGCUGCCCCUGCUGGGCCACCUGCCACAGCCGCCGGAGGGCGUGCUCGCACUCGCUCACCACGCCGCCAUGACUAUGGUGGUGGUCGAGACUAUCAAGAGGCCGCGAACGACAGGUUGCGUCACCUGCGCCUGUGUGAUGAGGCAAUUGAACAGCAACUCGAGAACCUGACGGUCACUCUCCCAGGCUUCCCAGCUGAUCGCUUGAGGGACUGGACUGACCAGGAUGGGAACGGAUUCGAUCCAACCCAACCAAUGCCUCGCAAUUGCACUCGCACAGAUGCUUGGUAUUGGGCAGUUCUCCGUGCCCGCUAUCUUGAGGAGCUGUCGCCCAACGAAGUGCCUUUUGUGAUUCCCGAUUACACCGACCGGGAGGUCUUGGUUCAGCAUCCAGUUGAGCAGAUUGCCUGGUUCCUGCGUGGCUGGGAGGAGUUUCGCCAAGACUCCAAUGGAGACAGGGUUGGCGAUCGCUUGGUGAGCGUCCUCGCAUUUGGCUUGGCAGAGGACUUCUCAGCGUUCAAGGCGAUGCCUGCCGGGGGUCUGGAUGCCCUGCCGGCCGGAGAAGUCGUGCUGGGCUUCAUCGACCCGGGUAGUGUUGGAACCAUCCCACACAAGUGGUCCCUGGACAGCCAGAUGCCCUACACUGUGGACGUUUGGCGUUCCGCUGACGGCGUGACGUGGACUCAGCAGUCCGAAGAGUUCUGGGAUGGCCUCGCGGAAUGUCAGGAUGCCUUUGCAGUUGCCGUGGCGCCAGAAAGCCCACUCUCCGGCAGGACUCAGCUGAUCGCGCUAAGCGGCGCCACCGGACAGCAUCUCUACGUCACAGCUCCCAGGGCAUGA